UUAGAAUCUAGCAUCGUUACUACUGCUACAGGAAUCCAUUUUCAAACCAAACUGAUAGAACAAUUUAAUAAACGUUUUGAAAACAUUGAAAAAAAAUCAAUAAUGGCUAUGGCAACUUUACUAGAUCCACGUUUUAAAAAAUUAUAUUUCAAGAAUAAGAUAGCAUGUGCAGAUGCAAUAAAUAAGAUUGCAAAACAGAUUCAUAAUCUACGUGCACAUUUAUUAGAAGAUAAUCAGAAUAAAAGUAUCGAAGCUCCUGAAGAUAAGUCUGAUAAUAACGAUUUUUGGAGCUAUCAUCAUCAGUUGUUUAAAGCUAAUCGAAAGAUGCAAAAAGAAAAUCAAAAUCAAUCAGAGAUGCCGGAAGAAUUGAGAUUUUAUUUGAAUGGACCGCUAAUUUCAAAAGAUAACGACCCUCUAGUUUUUUGGAAAAUGUAUCCUAAUUCUUCUGAUUCAAUAUUAGCUGAUCUAGCCAUUCAUCAUCUAAUAAUUAUUGCAACUUCAGUCCCAUCUGAACGACUAUUUUCUACAGCUGGAUUGAUCAUGACUUCAAAUAGGAACCGUCUACUACCAGAACACUUUCAACAAUUACUUUUUUAAAUUUACUACCUUUAAAGUACUGGAAACUUUAAUAGCUAAUUUAAUUAAUCUUUCAAUUAACGUUCCAAAGAUAAAGAAUGUAAAUUAAAAAUUACAUUGUAAAUUAGAAUAGAAACAAGAACGUAAAAUAAUUUUUAAUCAAUGA